UCACUCACCUGCUGGAGUUAGAGACCAAACAAAAGACGAAUCUUUUUGUUUUUUGGUUUUUGGAUUUUGUAUUUUGUAUUUGUUGGAAUAUCGAAUUGGUCGUUUUUGGGUGGUGAAUUGAAUUGAAUUGAAUGGGGAGCAGCAGCAGUUGGAGAAGAAGGAUGGGGAAUGUGAGGUCGUUUGUGGGGAAUUCCAUGGGAGGUUUGAGGGGAGCUCCCAACUUGGCCUCGUGGGUCGUCGCCGGAACCCUAGCCUACUUCCUCUGGGUCAAGCCCUCCCAAGACCUCAAGCGAGAACGACAGGAAAGGGCAGCUCUCGCUGCAGCUUCAGAUCCUUAUCGUUACGUCGAGAAACGAAAACCCAUUCCUGAUCCGCAGGAAACUGGUCUGAUAUAUGGAAACAAGAACAGAACUAAUAAACCACCUGAAGACUAAUAAUAAUCUAUGGGAUUGGAAUUUGCGCAAUCCAAUCUGUAAGAUGGCUUCAGUUGUGGUUAUACAUGUUGUUCAGAGUCAUUUUGUUAUUUUUAUUAUUAUAUGGUUUACUGGAGUGGAAUUUUAAGUGGCUUUCAUUCAUCAGAAUUUUAAUAAACAACAGAGAGUCUUAGUUAUUAAUUUCUGCUGAUAAAGAUUUUGUAUAAAAUUAAUGCUGUUUUGUUGAUGAUGUAGUAGUAGUAAUAGUAUCUCUGCCAUCUCCAAAUUGUAAUAAUGAAUUCUACCUAAAUACAGUUUACUGAUAGAAACUCCGUGUGUGCUCUCUUUUUUCC